GAUAAAGGCUAUCGAGGUGGGAAGAACAACUCAGGAAAGGAUUUCCCUUGGUUUGUUUCCCUUUGAGAAGAGAAGAACCUAGGAACACCGAUGAUCUAAGAAAUACGAACACUGAUACUUGAUUAAUUCCGUGAUCCUGCCUUCCUGCCCAGCUAGACCUGGGCGACGCUCUCUGUUCUUUCGCAUUUGAGAACAUUUUUCUUUGUAUAUACAGCUGAGACCUGGGAAUGCGUUAUUAUGGCAGCAGUUGUACAGCAGAAUGAACUUGUGUUUGAAUUUGCCAGCAACGUCAUGGAGGAUGAGCAGCAGCUUGGUGAUCCAUCUAUUUUCCCUGCUGUCAUCGUGGAGCAUGUGCCUAGUGCAGACCUUCUACACAACUACUCUGGCUUAACCUGUGUGGAUGAACCUAGUGACAUGAUCACUGAGAGCUCUCUGGACGUCGCAGAGGAGCAAAUCAUAGAAGAUGAUGAUAUCACCCUCACAGUUGAGGCAUCUUGUCAUAGUGAAGAUGAAACAAUUGAAACAAUCGAGGCUGCUGAAGCACUUCUCAAUAUGGACUCCCCUGGUCCUAUGUUGGAUGAAAAAAGAAUAACAACUAUGUUUGGCACAACUGAAGAUGAUGAUAUGGUGGCUCCUAUUACACAUGUCUCAGUCACGCUUGAUGGGAUCCCUGAGGUGGUGGAAGUUCACCAAGCCCCAGACCCUUAUGCUGAAUCACCAGAAACUCCAGAAUUUGAACAACCAAAGAAGAAAAAAGGGAAGAAGCCGAAACCAUCUCGUCCUGAGUCCCCUACUACAACUCCAAACAUAUCUGUGAAAAAGAAAAACAAGGAUGGAAAGGGAAAUACAAUUUAUCUCUGGGAGUUCUUACUAGCACUGCUCCAGGACAAAGCUACAUGUCCUAAAUAUAUCAAAUGGACUCAAAGAGAGAAGGGCAUUUUCAAACUGGUAGAUUCCAAAGCUGUGUCCAGGUUGUGGGGAAAACACAAAAACAAACCUGACAUGAAUUAUGAAACAAUGGGGAGAGCUCUCAGAUACUAUUACCAAAGAGGAAUACUGGCUAAAGUAGAAGGUCAGCGCCUAGUAUAUCAAUUUAAAGAAAUGCCAAAAGAUCUCAUCUAUAUAGAUGAUGAAGAUGCGAGCCCUAGCACUGAAUCAUCAGAUCCAAGUCUGCUCUCCACUCCUGUGGCCAAUAGAAACCAGUCAAGCAGAUCUAGAGCUUCUGCAAACGUGGGAACAAGGGGAGGAUCAACCACAGUGCUAAAAACAGGAGACUCGAAGCCUGCUAAGUUGAAGGAGCAUGUAGAAGUUGUACAGCAGCAGACACCUGGUUUGACUUCAGAAGUUUUGAGGACAAUGCAAUCUCCGCAGCCAGUACAUCCCACUCAGCUUUUUCGGACAGUUCACGUAAUGCAGCCAUUGCAGUCCCUCACAGAAGGACAGGGAGCUGUAACCAGUAAUGUUCCGGAUGAAACAUUAAAUCCCUCAGUUCAGAAUAUAAGGUAAGAAAGUGUACAGA